AUGGACUGGCUAACUACGUUCCCCGGGUUCAACUACACCCAAGACCUCGUCAAGCAAUUCCUUGCUCGUAUAAUAAUAACGGGCCCAGUACCUAAACAUGUUGGUUUUGUUAUGGAUGGUAAUAGACGUUUUGCUAAAAAGCACAAGAUAGAAUUGAAAGAAGGUCAUAAUGCAGGUUUUGAAAGCAUGGCCAAGAUAUUAGAGAUUUGUUAUGAAUGUGGUGUGGAGAGUUGUACUGUGUAUGCUUUUUCAAUUGAGAAUUUUAAAAGAAAUAAAUUUGAAGUUGAUUGGUUAAUGGAAUUGGCAAAAUUAAGAUUUACUCAAAUUGUUCAACAAGGUGAAUUGUGUGAGAAGUUUGGUAUAAAGAUUAAAGUGUUGGGUGAUAAGGCAUUGUUACCUAAUGAUGUUUUAAAAGUUAUGAAUAAAGCUGAAGAAAUGACUAGGGAUAACAAAAGAGCUAUAUUAAAUGUUUGUUUCCCAUAUACUUCAAGAAAUGAAAUUACAAAUUCAAUUAAAUCAAUAAUAUCGUCUAAAUUGCCAUCAGACCAGAUUAAUGAACAAUUGAUUGAAGAUAAUUUAUAUACUAAAGAUCAAGCACCUUUAGAUCUAUUAAUUAGAACAAGUGGUGUUACAAGGUUGAGUGAUUUCUUAUUAUGGCAAGUUGUUUCAAAAGGUGUUGAAAUUGAAUUAGUUGAUACUCUAUGGCCUGAUCUAACACCAUUACAUAUUCUUUGGAUCUUAAUCAAGUUUAGUUUUAGGAAAACUUAUUCACAACGAUCCAAAACAAACUUCGAAGAGGAUAAACAGGAUUAA